AGGGCGUCUUUUUGCAACAUCAACAUGGCGACUGGAACUGGUGGCAAAGAUGAAGGAAGUUGGUGGGGAGGAUGGAUUGAAGCUGCUAAACAAAAGUCGGCUGUUGCAUUGGAGCAGAUGAAGAAAGAUCUGAAUGAGUUUGGAAGCACCAUACAGAGAGACACGUCCACUGCGGUUGCUUCGUCAGCUGGAGUCAUCAGAGAGAGCUUAAAUACUGAGCCCGAUGAGUCUUCGACAAGUAGUCGCGUCAAGAAGGGCUUCUCUGAUUGGCUGAGUGGACUGUCGGAAAGCCUUGCCCCAAAGAACCCUGGUAUUGAUGAGGAGACUCAUCAGCCUGCCUCUUCUAAGACGUCUCAUCACAUCUUUGACAGGGCAAAGGCUCGCCUUCAUUCAAUGCAAAUUGAUGCAGGUACCUACUGCACUGACCCCGAGGGCCCGCCUCAUGUCUAUGAAGAGUGGCUACAGUCAUUUGAUAUUGACAGAUACAAAGGAGACAUUUCUGAGUUACUGGUGGCAAACACUGAUGUCCGAGCAAUUUAUACUAAGCUGGUACCUGCUGUUGUGUCUAAUGCCGACUUCUGGGGACGAUACUUUUAUAAAGUGCAUCAGUUAGAGCAGGAUGAAGCAAGGCGGACAGCCUUGAAAGAACGAGCUGAGAUGACAUCCUCACAGACAUUUGAUGAAGAGGAACUCCAGUGGGACGAUGAUGAAGAGGACUUGUCUGCUGCAUUGAAUGCUCACGAGUGCAGAAGCAGUCCUGUGAAACAGCCACACACUGAUGACAGAGUAGCAGGUCAACCGACAAAUAGGGCUUUAGCUGAGCUACGCGAACAUCCACAAUCUAGCCAUGGAGGUGAAGAUGAAGAAGCCGUGAUUACAGCCACUGCAACUCAGGCUGAUCUACCUUGCCAACAACAGCAACCACCAACACAGGAACUGUACACCAAGCCAGCGGAUCAGGAUGACCAAACAACAUCAAGGACAUCUCUCUUUGAACAGAUCAGUGGUGUAGGAGACCCGUCUCAAGAACAUGAUUCAGUGGUCUUAGACUCAAGUGAAGAAAAUGAUUCCAAAGAUGCACCGACGCAAAGAGAAGACGCUGAGAAUAUGGAAUUGUCAGAUGAAUGUGGAGAGGACGAGGACUUAAUAGAAUCUAAAGAGAGUAAUGAAGCCCAAGAUACAAAAGGUAGGAGUGCAGAUGGGGAUGCAUUGGUGAUACAGGUUUCUUCUGAGGAGACUCCGAUUGAGAAAAAGACGUCACCAUCUGGAUCAGAUGCAAGCAAUAAAGAUUCCAGUCUGAGUGAUGAUUGGGAGAAGGACUUUGACGACAUUGAUGUGACUGAUGAAGACCUGGCAGCAGCAGCCUACAAGACAAAAACGCAGCCCAGCGAUGCCAAUGAUGAUGACGACGAUGACCUAGAUGACUGGGAGAGCUGGGAAUAGACAGGGUUGGCACACAUCGAAGCCUGUUGCAUUCUCCAUGUACCAACAACACUCUGCCAAGAACUAUCUUUGCCCAUGUCUGUAAUCAAUUCAGCUGAAUGAGGUGCAAAAGAACUGCUUACAUACAAGGAGACAUGGAGAGUGUAGCAGUUACGUGUGUAUACUUAUGGAAAUACAAAGUACAUAUAAAUGCAACAAGCUGUACCGUUGGUAGGGUGAGGGGGGAAGGUUACACAAUUGACUGACUUUGAUCAUGGAACUAAUGAGAUAAAGUACAAAUGAUACAUGAAAGAACUGUCUAGGGGUGAUUUACAAUACUGCUUAAUUGGUGUUAGAGGGCUCAAACAAUUGCGGAAUUCCAUUACAUAGCUGUCACUCGUCAGCUCGGAAUCAUUCUACCUUGUCCCCACUUUCAUAGCCACCUCCUUGUCACUGCAUGGGACUUAGUCAUUUAUACAUAUGGUCAUUUCCCUUCUUGUCAAUCGCAUUCACUGGUGGUCCUCCGUCUUUGCAUUGAUAUGCAAGUAGCGCUUUGCGUAGUUGCCAGCGCUUGGUAAAUAGCCAGCAAGUUGGAAAUCAAACUUGUGGGGAUAAAUGACAGGGGGUACACUGUAUUGUGAAUCACCUCUGCUCACAGCUGGGUUGGCAAGGUCAUUUCUCUCUUACCAGCAGAAGGGCGGGUGCACUUCCUGUAUUAGACCACUGCUGUGCAAUCUGUGAGCUUCAUUUUUGGGUUGGUGGAGCAAACUUACCACCAACCAUGCAGGUUGGAAGAGGUUACAGCCAAAAGCUUGCAGCAUUGGAAUCACAUUAACAGAUCAAGGAAUCUGAAUGAAAUAAAAUGGCAAGCAUUAAUCACAAACAAUGAUUCAAAAAGUUAUUACUCACAAAUAUUCUUGUUUUUAUAAUGUUUAUUUAUAACUAUCAUUUUGUCUAACUGUAAUUAGUUUGAUAAUGAACAUGAUGAAUUACAUGCACAUGUUCCUGAUCACUUACAAUAUGCUUAGUAAGAGUCCUGAAGUUCUUUGGAUAUGGUGUUAGAGAUAAAGCAAUAAACCGUUUGCAAGUUAAAUUAGAAAAAAAUUUGGUACACUGAGUUAUAUGAUUAAACAUAAACAUGACAACUUGAAUUUCCCACUCUAAAGUCACUAUCGCUAUACCUUGUGAUUUGGGGCAAGCUUUUGCAUAGUGACCACCAUCUCUGGAAUGGACUGGUUCCUUUGUGCCCUUCUUAUCCAUUGAGAAGAGUGUAUUGGUGCAGGGUAUCUUUUAUGGUACUAAGCAAAAGCUUGCCCAGAACCAAGAGGUACAUGUAUAGUGUCUUUAGUAUGGAGAAUUCAAACUGUUAUAUUUAUGUGAAUUUAAAGAACUUGAUGUACCAGAUGUUAUUCAAAUUUAACUCACAAAAGGCUUAUUGUAUCUGCCUUAAGCUGCACCUGUUAUGCAAGUAUGCAUACAAUGUACAUGUGUCCCCCCUCUAUCUCCCCCUCUGGCUGGGCUCAAUAGAUUUGCCAGUUUAUGGUUUGAAUUGAAGGAAAGUAAGAGGAGGACAUUCGCAGCUGCAGAAAUUCUCUCUUGAAAGAAACACUUGGAAGAUUUUAUUUCCAAUGUGCACAAUGACUGAGCAAAGAUGUAACACCUGGCAAGACAGUGUGGAACAUCAGGUUAAGACGUACAUACUCUUGCUAAUGUGACAAAACGUGAAACUUUAAAAUAUAGUUGGAAUGGAUAUUAAGUUACCAGUAUCUUCAACUUUUAAGGGCCUUAUUUAAAGGUAUUUUAGGAUUAUUUUUAAUUUUGCUUCAACAUUCUUAUGUUUUCAUGUCAAAUACCAGUAAAUGGUCAAGAGUUAGGACAAGUUAAAAUAAGUUAAAUGUAUGUAUUACAUCUUUUUAUCAUCUGUAACGAAAUUGCUACUUUUCCUCCAACAAGUACAGUAUUAAACUGUACAAGCGGUACAAGGAAUGAUUUAUAAGUCCAUGGUUCAAGGUGCAAGGAGAUGAGUAAAACAGUUCUCACUACCUUCACCUACAGUCCAACUCUUUGAAUGAUUACACAAGAAGUUUCAACUUCAUAACUGUUGUAGUACUGCUGUUUGAAAUAACUAACAUUUAGGAGUCAGUACUUGUUGAGGCAUUGACGGACCUUUCCUAGGCAAGGGUCAUCUCCCAGGAAGGCCUGUCACUGUCUCCUACAUGUCAGUUAUCUGAAACAACAAAAAUACGCCUUUGUGCAUAAUCAAUCAAAGAGUUGAACUGUAUGUGAAUGUAUGUAGUUGUAUGUAUGACCCACGCACACCUCUUCUGCAGUUAUGAAAACAAUGUCAACAUAAUUUGUUUUUACUGUUCAUAAUACUUACAACAGAAAGCCGUGUCUCAGUGGGCUUUUUAUCUCCACAAGAUGUUGCCACAAGGAAAUAUUCUCAGCAAAAAUAACCAUAAUGUGUUAGCAAAUAGGCCCUUUGAAACUUCGUGUAGAAAUCAUCGACAUGGGAGACAGAAAUUUCUAUUUCUGAAUUAAGACAGUUUUUUUUCAUCUGUUCUUGUUAAUGCACAUAAAAUGUAAUGCCAUCAACUAGAAGGAAUGCAGGGAACAUUGAAAUUUGCAAUCAGAUACAUUUGUUGACAAAACAGUUGCACAUAUUCUACAUGUAGAUAGAUAGGGCAAUCUAAGCUUCAGAAUUGAAUGUACACUAGUUGCCCCGAAUGAAACCACAGAAGUUAGGCUCCCUAGGGUUAAAGUACAAGUGUAUUUAUUCUUUUAAUAGAUGUGGAGACUUCUUUCUAUGAUACCAUCAGUUGUAAAAACAGCUUUACAUGUACCAUGUCAUAGAAAAAAAAAGUUUACGUGUACACCAGUUUUUGUGGGUAUAUGGAUAAUAUUCUCGAGCAUGGCGAGGGCACUUCAGCACACCUCCCUCAAAAUUUUCUUUUUUUAACUGAAAAAAGGGGAAACUCUAAAGAGACAAAAAGGGAGGAAUGGGGAUGGAAAAGUUGCUUUAUAAUACCUGACAUUGACCCCUUCCACCGUUAAUGGUUUGUCAGUUUGCUGCCGAGUAAUACACCCCCCCCCCCAAAAAAUCCUGGCAUUAACUAUAAUCAUUGUAGCUUAUCAUAUUUAGCUUGGUUAAAGAUGUACGGCAGUACUGACUCCCAAAGAUAUGAACAUGUAACUUAUCACUGGAUGGCAACUCUUGUAUAUGUAUAUGAUUAUCACACCAAGAAAGUGGAGUUCUUUGAGAGUGGGGUAUGUAUUUCUUAUGUUGCCCAUGUUAUCUCGUAAAUUAAUUUUUGAUGUAAAAAUGUGUACAAAUAUAUGUAUAUACAAUAAAGCUUCAAAUAAAGUGGUCGAAUGUCA